UCGCCUGCAAGAUCGUUGGAAAAUCGUUAGAUAUUAUGGAUUCGAGGAGGAAGAUGGGAAAACGAGAAAAUUUCCAACUGGCUGAUAAGAUCGACGAAUGAAGACACGAAGAAGCGCGAAGGAGAAAAGAUUGAUCGUUGAUUCGUUCGAAAUCGUUGGGUAUAGCGUUAUGAACUGUAAGAGGAAGAUGACGAAAGAAGAAAAGUUGGAAGAGAUGGAUAAAAGCGAUAGAAGAAAAUCUCGAAAAACGUGAAGAAAGAGAGAUUCGUUUGAGAACGUUAGAUAUUUUAUUACGAACUCGAAGCGGAAGAUGGAGAAACGAGAAAACUUCAAAGAGACCGACGAAACGGACGAUUGAGACUUAAGAAAAAUCUGAAGAAGAAUACGAUGAUACGAUUCUUCGGAAGGUAAUUCGCUUAAGAUUCACCGAAUGGUUAACAGGGGCGAUUGAACUUUCAAUGGACCAGCUGGCUUAAAUACCAACGCGAUAAUAAACGACAACUUUCUCGAAGCAGGUUUCAGCGCAACGAUGACGAACAGAAGAGUUGAUUGUGCGACGAAAAUUCAGAAAGGCGACCGGUGCGUCAGGAUAUUGUCAACCGAUGCGUAGCUCGGUUCUUUCGCUGUUUGGCAGAUCGGAAGAACCAUGGGCAAUGGAUCGUCCUGCUGUCCGCAUCGCAAGAAGAUGUCGGAGUUCCCAGUGGAGGGAGGGGAAAACGGUGACAUGCACACUGUUAUGGAGAAUUUUCAAAAAAAGAACAACAUGGUGAGCGGAAGGAGCCACGUUACCCAUCAUCCACAGGUCACUUCGUCGUCACAGAUGCUGACGACGAACCAGAGCCAGAGCAGCAGCAGCAGUUCGAGCAGGGUGGCCAAAUCCUCGCAGAGGAUUCUUACCUCGUCUUCAUCGAGUGAGAUGAAAGCAAGCUCCAUGAAGAGCGACCUAAGAGAACUUCAACGCGGCAUAUCCGAAAUGAAGAACAAUAUUUCCACGAACUUUUCACAACGAUUGCGAAACAGCAUGGAGAACCUCGUGGAUAGAGAUGGAAACGGGACGGAGGAAGGUGACUUGACGGAGCCACUGGUGACGUUUCCGGAUCCAGACACUCCACCACCCGCCACGGGAACAGUUACGUUAACAGGAGGUUCACCCUCGCAAUUGAGCUCUCUGAACUCACUGAAUAAUCUUCACAAUAUGAGUCCACCGAUCAGCAUGUCGAAUAUUUCGAAUAUGACGAACCUACCUGCUGGACAGGAGACGAUGAAAUUCGAACAGAAAAAGAUGACAAGUGCUUCCAAGACGAAGGUUGUUACGGACGGCUUUAGCGCUGAAAAGGCGACGGCAAAUAGCGCCGAGAUGAGAGCUUUACAAGCUGGCGACGUCUCGUACAAGGAGCAAAGCGCCGCGACGGCGGCCAGGGCGCGCGUCGAACUCGAUGGCGUCUCCGCUGAGAAGAGCGUCGCCGCUGCAAGGGAACAGAGAAGCUUAAAAGCUGGCGACCUGUCGCACCAGGAAAGCAAUAACAUGGCUGCAUCCACGAUGAAGCUACAGAGCGAUUCAUUCAGUUCGGAGAAAAAAGCUAUGGCAGCACAACAACAAAGACAAACGGUCACUUCAACCGGGAUCUUCAACCACGAGAAACACAUUUCUGCAGCAAGUUCGCAGUCAAGUAUCACAAUCGCGAAAGGAGUCACCUCAAAAUCUUCAAUGAUCAGCGCAGCGAGUGCAGUGAAUCAAUUGAUGAACGGCAUGAGGCCGGCUGAAGACGAACUUCUUUCUCUACCUCUGGACGAUCUAGACCUUCUAUGCUCAAAAUCGAAUCCCCAGGACGUCGAUCGAGCCAUCGCCAAAUACUCUAAUUUCCUAGACAAUUUCGUGGAACGUCUAAAAGCCAACGAUUGUAAAAGUGGCAAGGCACCGUUGUUAUUAGACAGAGUGAACGAAAUCAUUAGAAAAGCGUGGGCAGUACCUACUCAUGGUCACGAAUUAGGUUACACCCUAUGUAACACCCUUAGAACGAGAGGUGGUCUUGAUUUAUUAAUGUCCAACUGUAUAGCCAGCGAUAAUGAACUACAGUUUUCUUCGGCCAGAUUAUUAGAACAGUGUCUGACCACAGAGAACAGGGCACACGUAGUGGAACACGGUUUAGAGAAGGUUGUGAACGUUGCCUGUGUAUGCACAAAAAAUGCUAAUUCGGUGGAUCAUUCGAGAGUAGGCACUGGAAUCUUGGAACACCUGUUUAAACAUAGCGAAGGGACCUGCAGCGAUGUGAUCAGGCUAGGUGGUCUAGAUGCUGUUCUAUUCGAAUGUAGAAAGAACGACAUUGAAACGUUGAGACACUGUGCUGGUGCUCUCGCCAAUCUGUCUCUAUAUGGUGGUGCAGAAAAUCAGGAAGCCAUGAUCAAGAGAAAAGUGCCUAUGUGGCUGUUUCCACUAGCUUUCCACAAUGACGACAACAUUAAGUACUAUGCUUGUCUGGCAAUUGCUGUAUUAGUAGCCAAUAAGGAAAUAGAAGCUGCAGUGUUAAAGUCUGGUACACUGGAUCUAGUUGAACCAUUUGUAACCUCACAUAAUCCCUAUGAAUUCGCCAAGUCGAAUCUAGCACAUGCACAUGGUCAGAGUAAAAAUUGGCUUGAGAGGCUGGUACCGGUACUAAGCUCAAAAAGAGAGGAAGCUAGGAAUCUGGCAGCUUUCCAUUUCUGUAUGGAGGCUGGCAUCAAGAAACAGCAGGGCAACACGGAGAUCUUCCGUGCGAUAGGAGCCAUUGAACCGUUAAAGAAAGUAGCUAGUUGUCCUAAUGCAAUUGCUUCCAAGUACGCGGCGCAGGCAUUACGUUUAAUUGGGGAGGAGAUUCCUCAUAAACUCAGCCAACAGGUACCUCUCUGGUCUACAGAAGAUGUCAGAGAGUGGGUGAAACAGAUUGGAUUCGCGGAAUGUGCACAGAACUUUGUGGAAAGUAGAGUGGAUGGUGAUUUAUUGUUACAGCUGACAGAAGAGAAUCUCAAAGAAGAUAUUGGUUUAACAAAUGGUAUCAGGAGGAGAAGGUUUACCAGAGAAUUGCAGAAUUUAAAGAAGAUGGCUGAUUAUAGCAGUAGAGACACGGGAAAUUUAAAUAGUUUCUUGCAAUCAAUUGGUCAGGAGUUCUCAAUCUACACAUACAGUAUGCUUAAUGCUGGCGUUGACAAAGACUCCAUCAGGAAUUUGUCUGAAGAUCAGUUACUGACAGAGUGUGGCAUCGCGAAUAGCAUCCAUAGGUUGAGGAUAUUAGAUGCUAUUAAGAAUAUGCAGCACAAUCAGUUGGGUUCUUCGGAGGAUGAAUCACCAGAUAAAUCCUUGGACGUGUUUGUUAGUUAUAGAAGAUCAAAUGGAUCCCAGUUAGCCAGUUUAUUGAAAGUCCACUUGCAACUGAGAGGCUUCUCUGUGUUCAUUGAUGUUGAAAGGUUAGAAGCCGGCAAAUUCGACAAUAACCUGCUGCAAAGCAUCAGGCAGGCAAAACACUUCCUCCUUGUGCUGACGCCCAAGGCUUUGGAAAGGUGUAUACAGGACAGUGAAUGCAAAGACUGGGUUCAUAGGGAGAUUGUAGCAGCUCUACAAUCACAAUGUAAUAUAAUUCCUAUCAUAGACAACUUCCAGUGGCCAGAGCCUGAAGAACUCCCUGAAGAUAUGCGAGCAGUUUGUCAUUUCAAUGGUGUACGAUGGAUCCAUGAUUACCAAGAUGCCUGCGUAGACAAACUAGAAAGGUUUAUGCGAGGCGAAAUACCAGUCAGAUCAGAUAUCCCAAGAAGCAUCGCGCCCAAGGACGUGACGCAACCAAACACACCGGGUAACACAACUAUAAGACAGCCACCGAACUAUCAACGUAUGCACAGUAAUGAAAGCAGGGGCAGUGACAAAGACUCGACAGGAGGGCGAGAUUGACUAGAGGGCCCGCCCACAGCCAUACCGAGCAGCCAGGAUUAACAAUCACGCUAAAGACAAUCAAUCACGUCUAGGCUUAGAAAAUCGUCAAGUCCGUCCCGUUGGUUAAUGGGUUUACCGCCUACGU